AGUGCCCGGCUUUCCGGAAGUGCCCGCUCGCUGACAGAGAAGGGCUUUGCCAGAACGCGGCAAGGAGAGGGUUGUGGUUCUGGAGCUUUGGGUGACGGCUGCAGGAGCGACUCGGGGUUGAGGUGGGCUUCAGGAGAGAGCCGGGCGGCGGGAUGAUGGAAGAGGAGGAACUGGAGUUCGUAGAGGAGCUGGAAGCCGUGCUGCAGCUCACGCCUGACGUGCAGCUCGCCAUCGAGCAGGUGUUUCCAAGCCAGGAUCCUCUAGAUCGAGCAGAUUUCAAUGCUGUGGAGUAUAUCAAUACCCUAUUCCCAACAGAACAAUCUCUGGCAAACAUAGAUGAAGUUGUGAACAAAAUUAGACUGAAAAUAAGGAGACUGGAUGACAAUAUUCGAACUGUUGUAAGAGGUCAAACAAAUGUGGGGCAGGAUGGCAGGCAAGCACUUGAAGAGGCCCAGAAAGCUAUUCAGCAACUCUUUGGCAAAAUCAAAGAUAUCAAAGACAAAGCAGAAAAAUCAGAGCAAAUGGUUAAAGAAAUCACCCGCGAUAUUAAGCAGCUAGAUCAUGCCAAACGCCACCUGACCACCUCAAUCACAACGCUGAACCACCUGCACAUGUUAGCAGGUGGCGUGGAUUCCCUCGAAGCCAUGACCAGGCGAAGACAGUAUGGAGAAGUUGCUAACCUUCUUCAAGGUGUGAUGAAUGUUCUGGAGCACUUCUACAAGUAUAUGGGAAUUCCACAGAUCCGGCAGCUUUCUGAAAGAGUGAAAGCUGCCCAGACUGAGUUAGGACAGCAAAUCCUGGCUGAUUUUGAGGAAGCAUUUCCUUCCCAGGGCACCAAGAGGCCAGGAGGACCCAGCAAUGUCCUACGAGAUGCAUGUCUGGUUGCUAAUAUUUUGGAUCCUAGAAUCAAACAGGAAAUCAUCAAAAAGUUUAUUAAACAGCAUCUGUCAGAAUAUCUAGUACUUUUUCAAGAAAACCAAGAUGUUGCCUGGCUGGACAAAAUCGACAGACGCUAUGCCUGGAUAAAACGCCAGCUGGUGGACUAUGAGGAGAAAUAUGGUCGUAUGUUUCCACGUGAGUGGUACAUGACCGAGAGGAUUGCAGUAGAAUUUUGCCACAUCACAAGGACAGAACUUGCCAAGAUUAUGCGUACCAGAGCUAAGGAAAUUGAAGUGAAAUUGCUUCUUUUUGCUAUUCAAAGAACGACUAACUUUGAGGGGUUUCUCGCCAAACGCUUCUCCGGGUGCACCCUGACGGAUGGAACUCUGAAAAAACUCGAGUCUCCACCCCCAUCCACCAAUCCCUUCCUGGAAGAUGAGCCAGCACCAGAGAUGGAGGAACUGGCGAUGGAGAAAGGAGAUUUAGAUCAGCCAAAGAAGCCGAAAGCCCCAGACAAUCCAUUUCAUGGCAUUGUUUCCAAGUGUUUCGAGCCUCAUCUCUAUGUGUAUAUUGAGUCCCAGGACAAAAACCUUGGAGAGCUGAUUGACCGGUUUGUAGCCGAUUUCAAAGCCCAGGGGCCACCUAAGCCCAACACUGACGAAGGGGGUGCCGUGCUCCCCAGCUGUGCUGACCUCUUUGUCUACUACAAGAAGUGCAUGGUGCAGUGCUCUCAGCUCAGUACUGGGGAGCCAAUGAUCGCCCUGACCACCAUUUUCCAGAAGUACCUCCGAGAAUAUGCCUGGAAAAUCCUCUCUGGCAAUCUACCCAAAACCACAAGCAGCAGUGGAGGCCUGACCAUCAGCAGCCUCCUCAAGGAAAAGGAAGGCUCAGAAGUAGCCAAGUUCACUCUAGAGGAGCUCUGCCUCAUCUGCAGCAUCCUAAGCACAGCAGAGUACUGUCUGGCCACCACCCAGCAGCUAGAAGAAAAACUCAAGGAAAAAGUUGAUGUAAGUCUGAUUGAACGAAUCAAUCUGACUGGAGAAAUGGAUACGUUCAGCACUGUCAUCUCUAGCAGCAUCCAGUUGUUGGUUCAAGAUCUGGAUGCUGCCUGCGAUCCUGCCCUGACUGCCAUGAGCAAGAUGCAGUGGCAGAAUGUGGAGCACGUUGGUGACCAGAGCCCUUAUGUCACCUCUGUCAUUCUUCACAUUAAGCAGAAUGUCCCUAUUAUCCGUGACAACCUGGCUUCCACGCGGAAAUACUUCACUCAGUUCUGCAUUAAAUUUGCAAACUCCUUCAUUCCCAAGUUCAUCACCCACCUCUUCAAGUGCAAGCCAAUUAGCAUGGUGGGAGCAGAACAGCUGUUGCUGGACACCCAUUCCUUGAAGAUGGUCCUGCUCGAUCUACCUUCCAUUGGCUCACAGGUGGUGAGGAAAGCACCUGCCAGUUACACUAAGAUUGUUGUGAAAGGCAUGACUCGGGCGGAAAUGAUACUCAAGGUAGUGAUGGCCCCUCACGAACCAUUGGUGGUGUUUGUUGACAACUAUAUCAAACUCCUUACGGACUGCAACACAGAAACCUUCCAGAAGAUACUGGACAUGAAGGGGCUGAAGAGAAGCGAGCAGAGCAGCAUGCUGGAACUGUUGCGCCAGAGGCUACCCGCCCCGCCUUCAGGGCCAGAAGGCUCCAGCUCACUGUCCCUACUGGCUCCGACACCAGAACAGGAAUCAUCUCGUAUCCGCAAGCUAGAGAAACUGAUUAAAAAGAGACUGUAGGAGCUUACAGAGGGCACUUUUCUCCCCUGACCCGUGACCCUCAGCACCCCAUUGCCUGGAAGCCCCCCCCACCUCUCCUGUGCUCCCCCUGACUUUCAGAUCAUCAGUCUUGAAACUUCCUGGGACAUUUGGGUUGUUCAUGAGUCUUCCCCAUGACCUGUCUUGAUUCGCAUCCUGAUCAAGAAGCCAAGCAAGGGCAGGGUGAUGAAAAGCCUCCUUAGUUGGUCCCGGAUUCCUGCAGCAGAGGCAGUCGUGGGCGAAAGGGCCCUGCAGUCCAUUUGUGUUCCACCCGUCCAGUUGUUACUGGCCUCGCUGCCUCGCCUCUGCAGUCACAUCACCCGGCAUGUGGCCCCAUCUCCCGUGCCUGUGCAGGCAACUUGGGUAAGAAACCCUGGAUCUCCCCGCUUCCAUCUGCUGCUGUUUGAGGUUACCUCUGCAGCCAGGCCCUAAGAUUUGUCCUCCCUGCUCCAUGGGCUUGGCUCUGGGGCCCGAGUUGGCAAAUGACAGGUGGAGGACAUUGGCCUUGCCUUAUGAAGGCAGUGGAGACAGGAGCACUCUUCCUUGUAGAUCCAUUUCCUCGUACGUAUUGUCAUGACUGGGCCAGUGCAUUCUUCCCGUUUCUCCCUAACCCGCAGUCCUCUGUAUACAUCCAAGGAGAAAUUCCCACUGUAUCUCUCGCCCAGGAAGAUUGUGUGUGCCAGGCCUUGGAAGCAGGUGUCCUCUGUGCCAUGGGGCUCCUUGCUUGGGGGUGGGGGUAGACCCAUAUCUGCACACUCACUGCAUGACGUAAGCAGAUUAUUUUCUCCAUUUCUUUAUUCCCACCCUGCUCCUGACUUCUAGAGGAGGGAUUGCCUUCUGUGAAGAGAAACUAAGAUGUUUUCCUAGAAAGAUUGUCCUAGGCUUUCUCCUCAGAUGAAGCUGUGGGACAGUGCAGGAGGCCUGGGCCCUCUAAUCCCCUUCCUGCCCAUUUAUUUUCAAGCCCAAAUUACUUUCCAGAAUGAUCUGAAACAACAAAGGUGAUGUGAAGUGCCAGAAUGACAUAUGACUUUAUUACUAACGGGAAAGAACCCAGGGCCAUGGCUACCUUGGGAACAGAAUGUUGACCUUAAACACAUGCUCAGAGCCUGGCCCAGCCCAGAACACACCCCCACCCCUGACCCUGGCCGGCCCGUCCUGCCCACUGGCACGCAGCCAGCACAGCUUGGCAGAAGAGAACCUCGUAGAACUGCCUCAGUCCUCACAUGGUCCUGCAGUGCAAGAAUGGGCAGCGUUAUCAGGUAGCUGCCCUGAUUUGCCAGGUUCACAGGGACCCCGAACCCCAGCUCACCGUGCCCACAGCCUCGGGGGGGCCCACUGUUGGUGUGGGCAUUCUUCGGGAAUUUGGAACAAGUUGCUGGCCAGGUGGAGAGAGAGCUGAGGAGGAAGGAGGAGCUCUUUACAGAGAAGGCACAUAACAGGCCUGGGGAUAAAAUUGGGAUAUCAAAUAGCACUCAGAAAUGGGUUUUCAGGGGCGCCUGGGUGGCUCAGUUGGUUAAGCAACUGCCUUCGGCUCAGGUCGUGAUCCUGGAGUCCUGAGAUCGAGUCCCGCAUCGGGCUCCCUGCUCAGCG